AUGUAUAUUGAUGAACGAAAACAAGCGGCGAUAGGCGAACGAUGCACUAACGAUUUAGAUUGUGCGACUUCUAAAACAACGUGUGUUGAGAAACGUUGUCAGUGCGUCGCUAAGUAUCCUGUUCUUGUGAAAGUUCGUUCCGAGUUGAAGUGCCUCGAAGACAAAGACUACGGCGAGAAAUGUUUUAACAGUCUACAGUGUAAUUACACCUCCCCAACCACAGAGUGUAGAGACAGUAGGUGUCGCUGCAGGCCUCACCACGAUCUUGUCGAAGACGAUUACGGAAUUCGUAUCUGCUACAGAAGAGCCAAUCCAGGGGAACCCUGCCAGAAUGACGUGCAGUGUGAGUGGAUGUCGGGUGGUGAUACAUCUUUAACGUGUGUGACUGGAAAGUGUGCUUGUUCUAACAGUCACGUGUUCGUUCAAGACUCCUAUCUCAUUCCUGGAUGUUACAAGAAAGCGUCAUUGUUUGAAAACUGUGAAGUGGAUGAACAGUGUACGACAAGUGGCGCCUUCUGUUCGACGAAUGGCAAGUGUAUGUGCGAAUAUGGAUACCGCUACCGAAAGCAAGAAGGUUGCGUUCAAAGUAUGUAG